AGCCAUGGCUUCCGGAGAUUGGCAGGUCUUCUCCGUCCUCAAGGUGGCGGCCGUGCUGGUGGCCACGUGCGCGGCGUCGCCCCCGCCGCCCACGUGGGCCUCGCUGGCCGGCGCCGACCACGUCGGGGCGACGCUGACCACCGUCUCUUUCCCGGAACUCCUGCCGCCCACGCGCGUCCGGAGAAUACACAGGUAUGCCGUCAGAUUCCCAGUGCCAAGACCAUACCCAGUGGAGAAGCUUGUGCCGUAUGCUGUGCCUCAUCCAGUUCCUGUACCUGUAGAUGCACCUUUCCAAGUUCCAGUGCAGCACCCUGUCCAGUAUGGAGUGCCCCAUCCCGUACCCAUGCCAUUUCCACAAGAUAUCCCUAUUCCAGUUCCCCUCGCUGUACCAGUUGCUGUGAAUCACCCAUAUCCUGUGCCUGUCAGAAAGCCAGAACCUUACCCAGUCAAGCAUCUGAUACCUUAUGGUGUUCCCAGGCCUUUCCCAGUCCCACACCCAGUGCCUGUCUCGGCCCCAAGUGGAGCCUUCCAAGUUGGAGAGCAGCUGGAGAACAGCCUCGAGCAGAACCCAGGUGUAUCUGGUUUUGGUGGGGACUUUGCACCAACUGGACCGAGAGAGUUUCUGCAGCCACUGCCAGUAGGUAGUGUCGAACCACAAGUUCUGCCCACUGCUCAGGGCUACCCUCUCGACCAGACUCCGGGAGUCACUGCCACAGCCCAGCAGCCACUUCACUAUCCAACUGGUGGAGUUCUUGUUUCCGUUCAGCAGCAACCAGCAAUCAUCCCUCAGAACCAGCAGCUAACUGCUGCCAUCCCAGCAGGUGCUGACAAUUCUCAACAACAGGACUCCAACAUCCCCCUACAGUAUGCACUCGUGGGCCUCAUCCAGCAGCAACUAACUGCCAUGCAAACAUCAAAUCAGUCGAGCAUAGAUACAGCAGCAGUUGAUCAGUCAGUCAACCAGCCACCUGUACAACCAGGAGGUGAUGAACAAACACCUCAUUCCCCUGUGUUCAGUGAUGAGCCUGGAAUUCACAAUGCAUCAAACGAAGAACUUCCUGCAAGUGAAUCGCCUGUAUUGCAACUGCAGCUAGUGACUGCUGGAACACCUCAGUAUCAACCAGUCGCUGUCCCAGGGUACCACCAAAUACUGCAUCCUGCAAUACCAAUUCCUGCACCACCACUGCUCUCAAAUGGCAGUAUAGACAGUACUGGACCAUUAGCUAUGCUGAACGUUUCCUACGAUCCCUUGCCACUGGCAAAUUCUUCAUCCAUAGAAUUUCAUCCUUCUGAUCCCCACAUACCUCAUUCACAAGACCUUACACCUACAGAACAUGAGAAUCAAGUACAACAAUCACCUGAGCAAUAUCACCAGCUGCUCCUUUCUUCUUUUGGAGACUACAAUCAGCAAAAGGAUGCUACCCCUGAGGUGACAUCAGAGGCUGUGGUGGACGCUGUAAGUGAGACAACUCCAGCAGCUGAUGCAGGAUUGAGAAGUACUACUGCAGAUAUUCAGGAUGCGGCAUUGGUAAGCGAGAACCUAAUCGCUGAUCUGCAGCACCGAAUAUUCCUGUCCAAGCAUCAACAGCAAACUGCAGCACAGUUGAACUUUACUCAAGGUCACACUACAGGAAUAGAUCUCCUCCAGAAAGCAAAAGACCAGGAAAGACUGUAUCAAAAACAGCUAGAUGUGCUCCAAGAUACGUUCGCCACAUACAAACAGCAACUGGAGCAGAAAUUUAUCGAACAGAGCGUGCAGCAGAACAACCAAGGCGUCUCACAACACUAUCAAAGUGCAUUUGCGUUGUUCCCAUUGUCUACAAACCAGGGAGAUCCACAGAGCACCACCACCAAGGCUACUGCAGCACUGCCAGCCACCCCGCCUUCUGCUCUAGUUCCAACGAUUAUUGGACCUCAGUCCCAAACGCCAGCCGAACUUGUUACUGAAUCUACGUCAGAAACGUCAACUGGAGUGGGGACGACAACAACAACAUCGGCGCCGCUAUCUCUCGCUCCACUGUCGACUUCUGCCCCAGAGAUUAUCAUAACAUCAGAGACAGCUACUCCAUCACUGGCUGUUUCACCUGCACCAACAAAAGAAACUGUUUCCAGAACCUCAAGCGUAGAUGCUUCAGCAGCUACUAGUGCUAACUUGCCUGACGACAUUUCAUCAGUGUCUGCGACUGUGGUGCAGGACGCAACCACACCCACAGCCUCGACAACGUCAACUCUGACCUCGACACUUGUGACCUCCACUUCUGAACAGCCCACUGUCGUCUCCACGACCACGCAGAAUUCAGUGUCAUCUACAUCUGAGCAACCAAUGGAGACGAGAGAAGCAGCAAAGCAACAAGUUUUCGCUCCAGUUCGCUUCCGCCAACCCGUGAUCGACACAGUUCCAACGCAAGUAGCAACUGUUGAAGGUCAGCUUGCCAGCAUUGGGGCGUCCCAGCCAGUAUCGAAUCUCGUUUCUCAUGGAGGACAGCAAACAGUUGGACUAGCUGUUCUAGUUCCUUAUCAACAGCAGAGUUUUCCAGUCCAUCAGCAGCCACAACAACAACCCGUUUUCACACCAUACUACCAGCCACAACCACAGCAGUUCCUACCACCAUUUUCUGGAGAUGGUGGACAUCACCAGUGGAGCAUACCAAUGUAGAAUAAGCUCUCAUUGGACGAAAAGUUUCAUUCGCGUGUGGCUACAGUGUGACAGAGCAAUAACCGAACAAAUCUGUUAGCCAUUGAACAGACUGUCUGACUGUAUGGAUUUACUUGUCUGUAUGGCUGAGCCAUCUGAUUGUUUGGGGCCAUUAGGUGCACACAUCUACGUUAGAUGCAUUUGCUGGAAAAGUUCAAAAUUGAACAACCAUCUCUAAACUAUGGAAUUACUUGAUGUCUCUCACACAGUUUAGACUAUCCCAUAUGGAUCACUGGGGAAAUCAAACACAAAUAUAAACCAGUAGCCAUAAACGGUCAACAUGCCAUUACAUGAGUUAUAAACUGCUGUUAUACAUCUACAAGAUGCAGAAUCCAAACAACAGAUUAUCUGUCGAAUCGUCUUCUGCUAGACUGUGAACAACAUAGUGGCAACACGAGUAUCAUCGCUUGCAGAAACCGUUCUAAUUAAAACUCAUUUCACCACCCCAGAUCUCGUCACCAAAGGCAACAAGUGUGUCGUGUAGUUACUCGUCUACUUGUUCAUCAUCACCACAUUGUACUAGUCCAUUAGCAGCGUCUUGCGUCUACAUGACAUUUUUGCCAGCAUCCCUUCUAGAUCAUGCGAGAUUGCCUUUGUGACAAUUAAUAUCAGGAGCGUAGAACACACUAAUGUUAUACAAACUAUUCGCCUAGUGUGCAGCUUCACUGUAAUAGAGCAAGUCUAAAAGAGAACACUUCCGCCGCUUUAACAGUGUAAGCAACUAGAUGAAGCCAUUAAGGAUCUUCAUAGAAACUUCAUGUGUGCAUGGUGUAUGCAUGGUGUAUUACUCCCACGAUGGGCUCUCAUAUCAGCAUCUACAUAUACCAUAUGAGGAAUGGCACUACAACUUAACUUCCAAUCAGUUUCGACAAUCAGUGCAAAUAAUAUGCUGGUUGCACCAUAAGCCAGUUCAAGAAUCUAAAGAAGAUCGUAAAUUGGUGGAUGACCGAAUGCGUGACCAGACAGUAAGAGCAAAGUGCUGACAGUGAACUCGGUUAUUCUUAACAAGCACAAGUGCCGAGCUUCUUCGAUUUGUUGUUGACACACAAUACGCCUGUCAGCUGAGCCCAUGGUGAUUCUGAUGACUUGUGUAGUGUCCCUUGCCCUAUUGAGUACAAAUCGUUUCACAGAUUAAAGACUGAAUUCAGUGUUAAGUUUAAUGUUACACUUAUAGUAAGAUUUAUUUGUUAAAAAAAUACUAAGUUAAAAGUUACCAUAAAAGACGUUUGUUUGCCGUUUCGUAUGUUUAUGUGUUUUUGCUGUCAUAUUUUAUGACUGUUUACUUGUUGUUAACAGUUAAGAAUUAAAUGUUACUUUAUGUGUCUAAAUGAGUUCAAAUAAAUCACACUUAUCACAACAGUGUACUUAAGUGUAAAUCAUUUUGAAACAUACUUACAACAUUUACAGCCACUUAGCUAC